AUGGGUUUGCUUCCAACUCCUAAGCAAGUCUACGGUCGGACGCCACGGUAUCUAAAGAACAUCAAUAUGACUACAACUGAUGGAUCACCAUAUGAAGUUGAACAUGACGUUUGGGAGGUAAUAGCAAAGAUGAAGGAGCAUAUAAAAAAGCAAGACCAGAUUAUUAAAGAUAUGAAUAACAAAGAAGGCUAUGUCAAUAAUGGCAUAGAAGAGGAAAACCUCCAAUCAGAUGAUAAUGGUAUUUCUCGGUCACCAGUACUGCUUGGUAAAACAAAGAGAAUCCAGUGCAAUGGACCCAUUGAGGCACGCUCGUCUAUGCAACAUGACAUUCCUGAGGAUAAUAAUUUAUCAUGUUCGCAUGAAAAGGUUGGCGACCAUGAUGUCAACCAAUUACAAAUUCAACAAAAUUCAUCAUCACCACAAGACCUUGUUAUUGAUUCUGUGCUAGAGGUGAGGGAAAUGAGGAAUAUUACGGGUGAAUCUGUUUCAAGACCGAACCAGCAAAGGACUAGAACUGAACACCCACACCGCUCAAAAAUAAGGCGUUCUUCUUCCAUCAAGGCUGCUUCCAAAGUAGUCUUAAAGACUUCAACAUAUCCCAACAAGCGGAAUGUUGCGUAUGGUACUAUUCGGAGUACUGAUCCAAGAACUAAGGCUGGUGGUAUUGAGUUAAGUGCUGAAUUUGCUCUUGUGCGCAUAGACGAACCUAUUCUUGAUAAUGAGGAGUUGGUAAGGGAAGUUUCUGAUUGCAAGAUAAUUGGCGAGGCUUUCACUUCAGGAUACUUAAUUGCCUGGCCUUCAGCUUUUAUUCGAGAGAAGGAUGGUUGA